GGCCUGACAUUUUCGAUACCACUGACAUACUAGUCCCACGUUGGUGGAAUAAUCGGUUUCAGCAUGGUAGCUAUACAGUAAUUACCUCAUAUAUGCAAAUCAUCAACUCGUCCAUGAUAUUAAGAUAUAAUGGUUAGUGGUCAGUCAGAUGCUUUGAGGGGAAGAGGUUCGGGAUAUUUGAAACGUUAUGGAGGAAAUGCACAUAAGCUUACUAGGCAAGAGAAUUGUGGAAAAGGAACUAUUCAAUCAGUUCAUAGCAGGUUUAGGCCAAUUGGUGACGGUGGUGUUGCAUUGUCAAACCAUGUUGGUGGAACAUGGUUUGACAGUCGAGUGGUCAAUAAGGAAACAUGUAGUGAUCGUAUUCAUAGGACUACAAGCUCGGAUAACAAUUCAAUUUUCCUAUCCGACUUGUCUGCAAGGCCUAGAGUUGUUGACGGUCAGUCAAGGGAUUCAAGGAAAAGAGGCUCGGGAUAUUUGAAACGUUUGGAGAAAAGAGAUGGAGGAAGAGCAUAUGAGCUUUCUAGGCAACAGAAAAUACUUAGAAGAAUAGUGUCAGAGCCUAUUCCUCUUAUGGCUCAGAUUAUGCAACAGCUUGAUGACGAAACAGUUGAAUCAACAAAAGAAUACUUGAGGAACCUAAUAACAAUGCCGGAAAGGAUAUAUGAGUUCGUUAGUCUUCAAAACAGACUUGAUGAGAGAUCUGAUCUUACCAAUCAGACUCUCUUGAACUGCCAUAAGAUCCAAAUAGAAUUUUUGGUUUCAAUAAGAACAGGUCUUGGAAGCUUCUUAUCGGAAAACACCCGCCUUCUAACAUCAGAACUGGUUGAAAUUUUCUUACUUGAAAGGUGUCGAAACAUUAAUUGCAGGAGGCUUUUGCCUAUUGAGGAUCGCGGUUGCAAGAUUUGUUCAAUGAAGAAGGGAUUCUGCAGCGAAUGCAUGUGUCUUGUGUGUCUGAAAUUCGACUGUGCCAAUAAUACUUGCAGUUGGGUAGGGUGUGAUGCAUGCUUGCAUUGGUGUCAUGCUGUUUGUGGUAUUCGUCGAAAUCUUAUAAAGCCAGGUCCAAGUCUCAAAGGACCCUCCGGGACAACCGAGAUGCAAUUUUACUGUCUGGUAUGUGGUCAUGCCUCGGAAAUGUUUGGCUUCAUUAAGGACGUGUUCAUGUCUUGUGCGAAUGAAUGGGGUGAGGAGACCCUGAUGAAAGAGCUUGAUUAUGUUCGGAAACUCUUCCAAGGGAGUGAAGAUUUUAAAGGCAAGGAGUUGCAUGUUAAGGCAGAUGUCUUGCAUACAAAGCUAGCUACGAAGAUGAUUUCCCCUUCAGACACCUGCGAUUUUAUAUUUCAGUUAUUCAGCACUAUCAAAACAAUUGAAGAUGAAUGGCCAGUGAAACGAUCGAAGAAAGAUGAGGUCGAUAGCUUGGGAAGCAUUGUAUGCAUCAAAAGAAGCAGAGGCACAAAUGUUUCAGAGUCGUGCAGCUGAUGCACGAGGAGAGGCAGUGAGUUUAAGGCGGUUGGCUCGGCUGGAGAGUAUGAAACUGAACGAAGCGUAUUAUGAAAAACUCUCCAAAUUGUGCUUGCAAGAAACGGAGGAAAGGAGGAGGAAAAAAA